AUGCAUUCUAAGGCUUAUUGCUGGACUUCAUACAGUAGUGGAAUAUAUUGCGACCAAGAUCAGAUAUGCUGUGGAUCUUUGCCAAAUGAGUAUUGCUGUUGGAGUGAUGGUGAAGAGACUCUUCCAGGAUUUGUAGUAGCCUCUGUCGUACUUGGUUCGCUGUUUUUUGUAAUUUGUAUCACAUUAUCCGUGAUUCGAUGUUUAUGCAAAAAACAACCAACGCCUGGAGGAAUUAUGGGUGUGACUGGAGUCUCUGUUCAUAAUAAACCUCACCCUACAACCGUGUAUCCACAACGGCACAUCGUGGCCCCACAGGGAGCGGUGAUGGGGGGCCGGGCUGCACAGGGACAGGUGUUUAUUUCUAAUCCACAACAUUCUGGACAAUCAUACCAACAUCACCCGUCAUACUAUUCUUCACACGGGAGCGCCGUACCGCACACAGGUACUCCAACAGUAGACAAUACAACGCGACCAAACAUUGGGCAACAUCAAGCACUCCCAUCUGCCCCCUUUGCGCAAAAAACUACCACGCAUUAUCCACCACAAGGACACCCUCUACCAUCGACAGAACCGCCAAGAUACGAACAAGUAAUGGGAACACCAGAGGGAGCUAGUGUGUGUAAGGAUAAUGUUCCACCAGAGGUCGCUUUACUUCCAGGUCAUGUUCCGCCUCCUUUUGAAUACAACCCUCCCUCUCUGCCUCCAAGAUCGCAACUUUACAACAACAAAUGAGUAAUUGAGGUUUUUUAAGUGAUUUAAAUAAAAUAAUGAAAUCCA